CGGUUUGCAUUCACAAGGUUUAUUUUGCUAAAUGGAGUAGUGUGUUUAUUGAGUGUUGUCCAUUGAACAAUCCUGCUACCAUUGUAUCUCGUGAUUUGAAGAAAGUUAGAAUAGUAAGUCGGUAUAUUUUAAUAUUGUUAACAUUUUUUUGGUGGGGGACACUACACAGAACGCCAAGCUACAGUACAUUUUAGAUAAUGCAUAUAUAUAUAGCUCAUAAUUGCUACACUAAUGUUCUCAUUCUGUACGUAACACACAAUUUGCACGUUUGCUAAAUAAGCCUAUUUUUCAAUGGGGGUGGCAAUAUAGAAAAGUUUAUUAGUGAAUUGUAUUGUACGGUUCUAAACUUUAAUAAUAUUUGUUUUCGGGAUCAUAUAUGUGUUACUAAGCAGCCACAGAAAUAGGUUGCAAUCUGUUUGCCGCAAAUAAGUGGAACUUUGGCUUUGCUAAUAAUACAAUAAUUGAAAUAAGUGCGAGGGAGACUAAGCACGAAAGUCGGGUUCCUAUGAAAACAUUUUCCCGCAAUCUAUAGAAUCAUUCCCAGAAAAAUCCAGAUGUGGCCACAUCAGAAAACAUUGUUCGUUGCAACAAAUAUCAUACUCGGUAAACGAAACGAAACAACAUUCAUUGUUCCGAAACAGUUUUUCUUCCUGGAAAGGGAACCAAUCAUAUUUUACGCAUCUUUGCCUUCAGUUUGGUGCUGAGGCGUUCGGAUUCUAGCAGUGCGUUGUUUCAGUGGUUUGGGAUUUUUUGGGACACCCUGUACAGUAUACUGUGACUUUAAUUAAAAGGUUUAUGUUAGGAAGAGGAGGGGCACCAUGCAAUGGACUUUACGUCCAGUUUGUGCCUUGUCCGUUUGAGUACAGCACUUUUUAAUUACAUGUCUAGAUGAAUGUGUCGAGUUAAUUUGUACUCAAUGAAGUUUAACAAACCAUAAAAAACCCGCAGUAAUGUUUUCAAGAAUGGACAAAGCCGGGACAAAGAGUUCACCUAAAUUUUUUUUAGGAACAAUGUUUUCUAAUUUCUUUCCAAGUGCUUAAAAUCCUUACCUAUUAUCUUCUUCUAUUUCCUCUAGCCAGCAAUAGCUAGCCAUGGAAAGCAAAAAACAAAAUUUCGACACCAGUAUCAUUCUUCCAACUUUAGAACGACUUGAAAACGACCCCACCGUCAUCGGAGUCAUGGUCGUCGGAAACGAUGGCUAUCCGAUCCGAAGUUCUCUCGACAGUGCCACGACUAUUAAUUACCUCGAAAACUUCGGUUCCCUCAUCGAACUGGCGCGGUACACGGUCCGGAACCUGGACCCGACUGAUGAGCUUAAUUUCCUACGCAUGCGUACGAGCGACUACGAGAUUAUGAUUGCACCAGAGAAGGAGUACUCGUUGCUUGUUCUUCAAAAAGGAAACGCUGGCAGUAUUUCAAGACGCGAUCGUCUCGGCAAAUAACUGGACAUUAAAAUUUUACUGUAAUUGAAUAGAUCACCAAUGUAACAUUCAUAUUUAAGUGCAUUUUCUGACACAUGAUUCCUGUGAUGGUGCAGCGCAUUUUUUCUGUGCUUUUUCUGUGAUCACAGUAGGAAUUUUGCAUUGGUAAAUUCUAAGUUUUGAAGGAAACUGACUUAGGGCCUGUUUAUAUAUGGAAGCCGGGCUGGCCCGCUUAGCGAGACAGCCCGGUAUGCGGGAUGAAUUUCUCUUGUGUUUAUAUGAGAAAACUUCAUCCAGCUUGCCGAGACACUUGUCAUUUUGAUAUUGCUUUGACAGUAAGUUAAAAAUAGCUUGCAGCGGUAUCUUUGAACUUUCAUCCCGGCAAACGGGCUAGCCGGCUCGUGAGUGUUUAUAUGGAGAAAUUUCAAGCAAGAUCUCGGCAACCGGGCCAGCCCGCUUGUCCAUAUAAACGCACGAUAAUUUUUACUAUAAAAAUAACUACACAGCGAGAUCUCGCUUACCGGGCUGUCUUGCUUGGCGGGCCAGCCUGGCUUCCAUAUAAACAGGCCCUUAGUGUUAAACACGGAGACAGAUCCCUCAAACAUUUCUGGCAAACUAUUUAAAACUUAGAAUUUACCUAUAUGCAAAAUUCCUACUGUGAUCAAGGAAAAUUUGAUGGUGUAAACCAGUCUUUAUAGAGACGUAAGUAGCAGAAUGUGAAUUCAGAGUAAAAACCUAACACAGUAUUCUUAAGUUAACUCAAGACAGAUUCGAACCUCCAUAUUGGGAAAGCACAAUUUUUAAUCAUAGUCAAUCGAGACCAAUUUCAAAGUCUCUAUAAUGAGCUACAAUUUUAUGUUCACACGAUUUCACCGUGCA